CCCCCCCCUUGGACUCUCAUCCCCUCAAAGACCACGAAGGCACGAGCUCCUUCCCCUCUAUAUAUCGCGCUGAGACAAGUCGCUAAAUCAAUGUCAAUCCUAUUCAAAUUUCGAAGCUCCGCGAUUUUCGACUCCGUCGACCUCGAAGGACGACAUUCAAUCUCGGUUCGGGAGCUGAGGUUGAAGAUCAUUCGCAAUAAGAAUCUUAAUAUUUGUCAGGACUUUGACCUCGUGUUUUCCGAUUCUGUGACUGGUGAAGAAUACGAUGAUGAUAAUUUUCAAAUUCCCAGCGGUGCGUGUAUAAUUGUUAAGAGAGUUCCUGCUGGCACAGUGCCUUCUGCUAACGCGGUGCCUCCUGCCAUGAUAAAUGACUUGACUAAGCAGGGUCGUGAUUGUUUAAAUCCAGUAGUGCUAUAUGAAUCAGAGCAUGAACGCAUUAAGAGAAACUCCUGUGUUGACUUUGACGGGGCAGGCCUGCCUGGCUCAAGGUUUGAUUGUCAAAAUCACGAGUCUAGUGACUUAAGUCAAGCGAUUUAUAAAGGUUCUGAUGAUAACAUGCGUGAACGAGAUGUGGUGCAAGAAGCAAGAGCUGAAGGCAAGAAGUUUGAAAAAGGACAUGCUGAUUUGCCAGUAGAACUCAAAUGCCCACUCUGCAACACAUUUUUCAAGGAGGCCGUGCUUAUACCUUGCUGCCAGCAUAGUUUUUGUAAAAAAUGUAUUAGCACUGAUCUCCUUGAGAAGAAAGUUUGCCCAAUAUGUUCCUCCACUAAAUGUAGUGUGGAUGAUUUGCUCCCUAACUUAUCUCUUAGACAAGCAAUUGAGCAUUUUCUUGGCUCUCUCUCACCGAAUAAUCUGUGUCAACUUGUUCCUGAUGGGGAGUCUGGAAUUCAAGCUAGGGAAAUUUCGUGUGCUAUAACUGUUAUCCAACGGGAACCUGAAAUGCCUCAUUCUCCCUCAGCUACUGGACAUGGAUCAAAUCAAGUUUUGACAGAUACAUUUUAUGCGCCACUUAGGAGAAGCACACUACAGAAUAUGCAUCCAUUUGAUGGACAAAUCUCUCAAUGUGUUCAAUUCAACAUGCAUGGUGUAGCGGCAGAUGGAGGGGACCAGCUUCUUAAUUUAUGUAACACCCAUGUUCACGAUGAAGCAGAAUCUACCAUGAAGAGGAACGAACAACCAUAUGUCCGCACAGGAGGCCUGCAGACGAAGUGUUGGGCUACUGGUAGGCUUAAACAGGUCGGGCGCACUUGUUACAUUUGUGGCUCCCCGGAACAUCUUAUGAAAGAGUGUCCUUCAAAUUGUCAUCUCAUGCCUCCGUCAGGAAAUCAUAUGCCUAUGGGAGGGAUGCCAGGCUAUCCAUCGCCAUAUUGGAACAGCACUAUGUAUUCUCCAUUCACACAUAUGUAUGGGAAUCCUGGAAUGAUGCCUUUCAAUCCAUCUGUUAUUCCUACUGCAAACUUUGGUGCUUCUCCCUACAUGCCUAUGAUGCAUAGUGGAAUACCAUUUAACGGAGUUGUAAGAAAAGACAGCAGUAUGGCAUAUUUGGCUGGAAACCAUGCUGAACAGCUGUUACACCAACAUGAGUGUCUUUCAAACUCAGACAAAUUUAGAGGAAGGCACUGUGAUGAUAAAUAUGAGAAAGAACGGCUUCAGUACAAACAUCCUAAAGACAGGCAGGCAAGUACAAGUAACUCAGAUGACAGUUUUGGUCGAAGAUCAAAGAGGAAACAUCAGCACGUUGACAGAAAACGUGAUAAAAGUCCUCACUCUUUCAGUGCUGGAAGGGACAGAGCAUUGCUUCAUGCUGAGAGGUCAAAGUCUAGCUUCGAGGAUAAGUGUGAAUACCGCCAUAGUAGAGACACUAGAAAACAUUAUGAGAGAAGGGGACAUAGUGGCAGUGAUUCUAGUUGGGGUCAACACCAUCAUGCCCUAAAAGAGGAAUCUGAGCGUGAUUCCAGUCAUAAUCAUAGGCACCAUGACAAGCACCACAGAAAUGAACUGCUUGAUGAGAGAAAGGAAAUGUUUGAUGGCUUGUAUGGAGAUUGUAGAGCUGAUUACCCUCAUUACAAAAGAAAAAGAGCCUAAUAGAAGUUGUGAGGAAGCACAAACAUCAUUAUAGUGUGGAAUAUGGAUGCUAGCAAAGGUUAUAACCAGAACACAUUCUGGUUAGUCAUUAGUUUGGAUCCAUUUUAUAAGCUGCCCAACCACCGCCUACGAAAAGGUAAUGUAGCUGAUCGAGGUAUGUUCUCUAUUCAAAUCAUGGCAAUUUAUCCAGUGUUUUCACACUUAAUAGAGUUCUGCUCAGCACUUUGAGAGUUCUCUAUUCUCUGCAAAAUUAUGGCUCCUUCCUGCAAAGGCUAUAGUUUCUGUUUCUUUUUCCCUUCCCUUCUCUUCCAUCUAUGAUUCUAUAUAGAUCUUCUAAGGCUCAUUUUGUCCAUCAAAUAUUCAUUUAUUCUUUUUUACCACCAUCUGCUGAAAAUUUAAUAUUAACUGUUUGAAAAUGUAUUUUUUUUAUAAAUGUUCAACAAUGAUGUACUUCCAUUAUCCCAAAAUUAGUUAUGUAUGUGAUGUGGUUUUAAGUAUUAUAAAGGAGGCACUUUUUGGGUGGUGGUACGGUGGUAGUAAUUUUGUAUGCCUUUUAAGUAUCAAAUGACCAUUUUUUGGGGGUAGCGGGAAGGUGGGGGCAUCACACCCCUUUUAUGCUCUGGAAGUAUCUACAUUGUUGUACUCCAUUUACUUUUUGUUUUAUAUAAAUUUUAUUUAUGUAGUUAGAUUUUUUAAGGGGAGCCUGGCGCACCGGUUGCGGUGUUGCCGUGUGACCGAGAGGUCACGGUUUAAGCCUUGGGAACACCCUCUUGUCAAAAUGACGAGGGGAGGCUUGCCCCUUAUACACCCUUGUACCGGGACCCUUCCCCGGAUCCUUGCCUUGCGGGGACAAAGAUGUGCACCGGUCUGUCAAAGAAGGAUUUAUUUGUUUUUUGUUUUAAAAAUUGGGGACAUGGUGUACCACAAAACACUUUUUUUGUUCACCUCCAUUUCCCCACAUUUAAGAUGAGAUUUUUUCAACAACACGGUACACGACUUUGUACACGCGUUCUUCAAGUUUGUAAAUGCUCGGUCCCACACAACUUUUUCACCCGAAAAAAAGUUCAUACUAUUUUUGGUCGUUUACCUUGUAUUGUUGAGAACUGUCACUUUUCUAACUCCUUCAAUUACACAAUUCCUGUUGCAAAGAUUUCUUUUUUUUCCCCAUCCACUUCCUCGAGUUGAAACCCGAAUACUUUGUAGUUGAUAUCCCUUCACUAUUGUCUAGAUUUAGUUAGAAUGGGAGUCUAGCACAAUGCUACAAAGUGUUCGUCAUAUGACCGUGAACUCGUUGGUUAGGUAGUGGAAACUAUCCUGAGGUUAUUUCAGCUCAUCAAGCUUUGGCGGCUUUAUCCUUUCCUGACAGAGGUCACACGUGUCGGUGGAUAGGCUAAUCAGUGGGGCGAGUCUAAGGGUAGCCCUUUCAUGUUAGACUCUAUCAGGACUGGAUCUAGAUUCUAAAAGCUUCAAAGAUUUGCAUAUCAUAUUCUUAUCGAGAUUUUUAUUCCAUUUAGAUUGACAAGCAUAUAUAAAUAUUUUUUUUGCAUAAAUCUUCAAAGAUCUAAAGCUUUUAGUUCAUCUCGAUAAAAUAGCUUCAAAGAUUUGCAAAUUAUAUUCCAUUCCAGAUUUUGAUUCCAUUUAGAUUCACACAAGCCUAUAUAAAUGAAGUUUUGCCAGUUAUAAAACAUUGUAGUCAUCUUUAUUUCUAAUUUAAUUAUGACGUUUCUAAUGCAAUCUAUAUAAAAACAAAAAACAAAAACAUCACAUAUAAGUAUGACAUUCAAUAAAAACAUAAGAGUAAAAUGCAUAAAUGGUCCUUCAACUAUCAUCAACAUAUCGUUUUGGUCCUCGAACUAUUAAGGAUGUUUUUACUUGGACUGUAAUUUGUUGGUCUGGUCUGAACUGGUAUGGUUUGGUCUGGUUUCUUUGUAUUUUUAUAACUAUCCAAGUCUGGUCUGGUCUGGGAUGAAUUACAGUCUAAGUAAAAACAUCCUAAAUCUAUCAUUUUAGUCCUUAAUCUAUUUCAUCUAUAUUAAUUGUGUCCUUCCGUUAAAUUUGCCGUUAACUUUGACGGAAGCUAAUUAAUUUAUUAACAUCUCAUAAUUUUAAACAUUUUGGAACAAUACAACCAUUCUUAAAAAUUAAGUAGCUAAUCUAGUUUUUUUUUUGAAAUAUACAUAUAUAUACACAUACACACUUAAAAAUUACAAAUAAAUAAUAUAAAAUCAAAUGUAGGGCCUAAAUAAUACGUAGUAUAUACGAGAGAAUCAAAUAAUAAAUUAUAUACAUUUGAGCAGAUAAAAUUAAAUAACAAAACGAGGGUGAUUGUUAUUAUUAAUAAUUAUAUUAAAAAAAAUUAAAACUAGGUAUGACUAAAAUUCACCUACUUUCUCAAUUCAUGACCUCGUUAAUCCCCCCCCCCUAAAAAAAAACAAUACUCCAUAUUUAAAUUCAUAAUAGUUAAUAAAAUAGAUAAAUAAAUUUUAUGGACUAAUUUGCCCUUACAUAUUUUUUUGAUGAAAGUUUUUGAGAAUCUUCUUCAUCAAGUCUAGUUUACUCAUACUAAAUUUCAGCUAAAUAUUUAAUUAGGAAGGUUGUCAAAUGAAUUUUUGAAGAUAACUGCGUAGUUAAACAACACAAUACAUUUCAGAAAAACAUUUGACUGUCUUCCCGGUUGAAUUUUUAUCUGAAAUUUGGUAUGGGCAAAUUAGACUUAACAAAGAAGAUGCUCAAAAAAAUUUAUCAAAAAAUUCUAACAGGAAUCAUCCCAAAUGGGGCGUAAUUUGCACCUUUUAAGUUAGUCCGAGGGUCUAUUUGACCCUUUAGCCUUUGUUUAAUAAUUUUGAUGGUUUUAUAAUAUAUUGAAGUCAUUGAUGAUAAUUGUGAUAAUUAAAUAUUUUUUUAAUUAUUUGAUGAUUAACUUGUCAUUUCAAAGUGUUAAUUGUUUCGUAAAACUAAAAUGAGAACAUUGAUAUGGGAUGUCCAAAAAAGAAAGAAAAAAAGAACCCUGGGACAGAGGGAAAAUAAAUAUUUUAGGAUAAAUAAUUAUGGUGUUGCCGUUUGAUAACCCGAAAUAUUUUUGAAGAACAUUGUUAUUUUAAAUAGAUUAAGAGCCAAUUUAGUCGGUAAACCUCUCAAAAUAGACACAGAUAGUCAGAUACAACACCUCUAUCGAGAAGUUGAACAUGUCUCAAAAGGAUGAACACCGGCCAAACACACACUAGCUUCAAGCCUUCAACCCUGGCAACACAAGAUAAGGAUGACUCUGCUGCACUAAGAACCUCCGCACCAGACCACGAGGUUCCAACUUCCAAGUCAAAUUGAGGUGGCGCAAAUAAGCUCAACACUCGCAACACACUCCACUGAUGGGAAUUUAAAGAUCCCGGAAAGUAAUUAAGUUGGGUCAAAACACCAUAAUAUAAAUGAUGCUGAAGAUCACAUUAUUCAACGCUGAAGAAUUAACACAGAGACGAUUCAAUAAAGAGGAUUGGUAAUCUAAAAACAAUUCUGGUUGAGAAAAGCCGCACUUUAGAAGGAGGAGAGUUUGAUGACAACUUACACCUGUCAAUUCCAGAAUGGACAGAAAUCCUUAACAGCUUCAUCCAAAAAGUUAAGACAGUGUAGAAAGCUGUUCUGGGUGCAAUAAAGCAGAAUCGUCUAGUGGGACUUAAAUAGAAAUUUUUUCUUCUGUGGUGAUUGAAUUCUAAGUGAAAAAAUACCUAGACAGGGGCUCUCAAAGUGAGGAUGAAUGAGAGGGUUUCACUACAAUUGUUUCAAGAAAGAAAAGGAAUGAACAACAAAUUCAAGAUUAUUACAUGGGAUAUGACAAUGAUCAGAAUCAAAUCCACCAACCCGUGAUCACCAGCGAUGAGGCAAAACCACUACACUAGAUGAUGACAUCGUGAAAUACCAAGAAGAAUUCGAAUUCCAUUCGCCACAUUAGCUUGUCAAAAUAUAGAUAUAUUUUGAAAUUAAAUAAUUAAAAAUAUAAAUAUAUUUUUGAAAUAAAAAUAAAAAUACAAUUUAUAUCUACAAAAUUGCAUUAGUGGUUUGUUUACAUUUGGAACACAAAUAUAUUACUAUGGUCACAUGUGUCAUUGCCUGAUUAUUAUUACCAUUGCCACAUGUGUCAUGCCACCUUGAAACAUGUCUUUGUGAUCGGUCUAAAUUUUUUCGAUUAUAUUUAUUCAUGCAAAAAUUCAAAAAGAGAACGAAUACAUUUUUCGACAAAUUUCUGUCCGUUGGCGACAAUGAUUUCAAGCGCAACCACAGACGCUACUAUAUUUAUUAAACAAAGAUUAGUUAAAUUUUUAAAAAAAUGAAGACUAGUUUUACUUUUAUCUUCCAAAACUAUCAAAGUAAAAUUUUGGGAGAAUUUGAGUUUGCACCCCCAUAUUUUGGAUGAUAUUUGAUUUUGCACCCAUUUUUAAAAUCAUUAAUGUAUGCACCCCUUUAGCCCAAAAAUUGUGAAGGAGUGGGGUGCAAAGUCAAAUGAUUUUAUAGUGAAUUGGGGUGCAUACAUAAAUGAUUUUGAAAAUAGGGUGCAAAGUCAAAUAUUACCCAAAACAUGAGGUGCAAAGUCAAUUUUCCCCUAAAAUUUUUGUCAUUUCAAAUACUAUUAGAGGUUGUUUGGCAACCCUCAUUUUCAGCUUAUCAAGCUUAUCAGCCAACUUUUUUAUCAAACACGUAAAUUUUGCUUUCGCGCGUUGAAUUGUGUAUUAAGCCGAAAAAGUAAGGUUUGAGUUACUUUUCUGGCUGUAUUGGCUGAAGUUACUGUAGAUGAUCAAUUUAGCUAUUUUUACAUAUAAUUUAUUCUUUAUUUUAUUAAUAAAAUAUAUUUUAAAAAUAUUUUUUCUUGUAUCAGUAGAAUCAGCCAAUGCAGUCACUUCAGCCAGAACUUCAUAAAUUUCAGCAGAAUCAGCCAAAACAGCCGAUUUUCGUGCUACCAAACGAGCUCUUAGUGUGUAAUUGCUUUUUGUAAGUCAUACAUAAGCCAUAAAUAAAUUUAAAAAAAUGAUCAAAAUAUUUUUUUGGCAACUUGAAUAUCUAGACAAAAAAGAUCAAAAUAUAUUUUUGGCAAAAUAUAUUUAAUUCUAGACAUCUAGUCUUACCCAAUCCGCCAGUUUACUCUACUAUCCUAGAUUCCCAGUCUAGUUACAAUGUGAUACAUAUAUGUUUUAUUAUGCUCUAAGUUAUAACUUGAUUUGGUUUAGUAUGCGAUUGAAAUAAGCCUCUGAAGUAAGAGUAUUUCAUCCACAAUUCAAGAUUAAGGGUAGGUUUGCAAAAAUUAAAAGGGAAAAUCGCAUUUUUAGUCUCUGAAAUAAUCAUCAUAUUGAAAUAUCAGACUCGUGUUCCCUAGUUUGUAAAUGUCACCCUUCAAUUAUCCAAAUCGCUGCAAAUGUGGUCCUUUGAGAGGUGAAAUGUACAAUGUGGGUGAGAAGUACAUUUCACCCCUUCAAGGACCACAUUUACAGCAAUUUGGAAAAUUGAGGGGUGUUAUUUACAAUCCCAGAAAUACGGGUCUGACAUUUGAAUUAAAGUGAAAAGUGAUUUUCAGAUUUUGACUUAAAAAAGCAAAAAAAAAAUGUUUUCAAGUGACAAAUUAUGUUUAACAUAAACACUUAAAAAGCUAAAAGCUGGAAUAUACUUUUUACCUUUUCUAUUACGCAAAAAGCAUACUCCCUCGUCUCAAAAAAACUUCACAGUUUGACUAGCACACAUAUUAAGGAAAUAAACUUACUGGGGAGUAAAUUUUACUGUUUGGACACUGUUUGACACUGUUGACACUGUUUUGAUUUAGAUAAUUUGCCAAAUAAGAAAGUGUGAAGUUAAUUUUGGGACAUCCAUUUAAAGAAAGUGGGAAGUUGUUUUUGGGAGGGAGGGAGUAUAUGUUACCAAAUACUACCAACUUUACUUUUCUAAAUUAAUUUUUUUCAAACACUAUCAAUUUGUAAUAUUAAUCAUUUUUUCCAAAAUCACUUUUAAAAUGGUUUUUUUAAAGCAAAAACAUUUGCAAGCACUCCGUAAACAUGACUAGAAAAGUUAUUUAUAUCAAUUUAUUUUCAUUAUUUAAAAACAUAGAUUAAUUAAAAAUUGUUACUCUAACGUUCUAAUUCUAAAUUAUAAAAUAACUUAGACGAAACUAACUAUAUUAAUAACAUGAGAUAAUCAAAAAUAAAAAAAGAGAAACACAUUAUCGAUUUGGUAGGAAAAAAAAUCAUAAUGUUGAGUGGAUCAAUUGAAAAAAGAAAUAAGUGAUGGAGUAUAUGGUCCGGGACACCCCGACCCACAUACUUCCACUACUGUAAUCAGGCCCAACAGGCUCAAACAGGCCAAGCCAACAGGCUCAAGCAUCCCACAAUAUGCAAAGGGCGGCCUUCGGCCCCAUGGCCGAAGGCUACCAGUGACGGAAUCGAUCUCAGAGACAUCACAGGAGAACAAGGCUCAAAACAUAGCCUUCGGCACAUACAGUCUUCGGCCACAUAAUGUCUUCGGCCACGCAAUGUCUUCGGCCACGCAAUGCCUUCGGCCACACAAUGCCUUCGGCCACACAAUGCCUUCGACCACAUGAUGCCUUCGGCCACAGAACUAUCGACGAAGAUUCCUUUUAGAGACAGCCAACCACCGCAUUUAAUGCGACGUCACAUCCACCUAUCGCAUUUAAUGCGGUGCACAUGCGAGUGCCGGUGCCACCCCAAUUGAGGUGACUUCUCGGCCAACAGAUUGUUGACACGUGUAAAGAACCCCUCGGAUAAGCUACCCUCGGGUACACUACCCUCGGAUAAGCUACCCUCGGGUACACUAUAAAUAGCAGCCCAUUUCCCCAUUGUAAAGAACAACAAGUUCACAUAUCGAAUAUACUCUCUCUCUCUUACUUAUUUGCUCUGAAUUCUCUCUAGUUAUUCUCCGCAAUAACCCCUCGGAUAAGUUACCCUCGGGUACACUAUCCAUCAAUAAGGAUGUUUUCUUUUGGAUUGUUUUCUUUUUCAGACCAAACCAGACCAAAUCAGACCAAACCAGAUCAAAUUUCCAUAAUUAUAAAAUACACAGGGACCAGACAUUUAUCAGACUAGACCAGAACAACAAUUUUCAGUUCAAAAGAAAAUAUCCUAAGUUUGGCAAGUGGCGUGGUUGUGGCGGAACAAAAAGUGAUAGAAUCCAAUGAGUCAACGACCCAAAUUGUGUAUGCUUAAAAGUGACGUAACAAAAAAUGAAAUCAAAGAUAAAAUUGUUGCACAAUAGUGAAAAUUGGGUGACACCUAUAGAAAUAUGUAGAUUUUUGAGUAAUUGUCUUGUUUUUUCAUUUUUGAAUAUUUUCCUAUUAUUGUUUCAUUAUCAAACACAAUUAUAUUUUUCUUGCCCGUAUUAGUAUUAGGGGGAAGAGGUAGGUAGUAUUUUUUAUCAGAAUUGAAAAAUGGUAUUGGGGGUCUCGUCGACGAGAGACUCUGCUAUGGCGAGCAGCGGAGAUAUCGGUUCAAGUGGCCGUAGUGCGGCCGGCUCUUCUGCUCGCUGCGUCGGAUUUCGGAGCUUUCCGCAGGCUCAGCAACCGGAGAUUAUGAGAGCUGCUGAGAAGGAUGACCAGUACACUCUCUUCGUAUAUGAAUCCUGCCGUGAUGCAUUUCGUCACCUCUUCGGUACAAGGGUUGCAUUAUCUUACCAGAAUGAGACAAAACUUCUUGGACAAAUGCUUUACUUUUUACUCACAACAGGUGCGGGAAAGCAAACAUUAGGAGAAGAAUACUGUGACAUCACACAGGUUGCAGGACCAUUUGGCCUUCCUCCAACUCCAGCAAGACGUGCUCUUUUUAUCUUUUAUCAAACAGCUGUUCCAUACCUUGCCGAAAGAGUCAGCUCUAGACUUGCUUCCCAAGCCAUCACCAUGGAUGAUCGGUUUGAUGACGGUUAUCCAUUUGGUGUUAUUUCUGACUCAAUUGGACGAGUCGAAGCAUCCACAGCUAUUGUCGCUGAAUCAUCAUCAUCAUCAAGAGAAUGCAUGUCAGUUCUAUCAAGGUUGAAGGCAAAUAUAAGACAAUGUUGGCUAUAUGCAGUUCAGAGGUGGCCCUCAGUGCUUCCUUUCGCUCGUGAGGUUCUGCAAUUAAUUAUCCGUGCUAAUCUCAUGUUCUUCUAUUUUGAAGGACUUUAUUAUCAUUCAUCAAAACGUGCAUCUGGCAUACGUUAUGUGUUCAUUGGAAAACCAACUAACCAAAGGCCCAGAUAUCAAAUAUUGGGGGUUUUUCUUUUCAUUCAGCUAUGUGUCCUUGCUGCUGAAAGACUGCGCUACAAUAAUUUAUCAUCACUUACAGCUUCUGUUCAACAAACACCAUUUGGAACUUAUCAAACUUUGUCAGGACACGGUGUGCCUGUUUUGAAUGAGGAAGGCAAUUUAAUUACUGGAGGCUCUGGAAAUGGCAGUUUUGCAUUUGAGUCCUCAUUAGCUUCCGAGCAGUCUCAUGCAAGUGGACUAAGCAAAUGCACCCUUUGCCUGAGCAGUCGUCAACAUCCCACUGCCACCCCUUGUGGACAUGUAUUUUGCUGGAACUGUAUAACUGAGUGGUGCAAUGAGAAGCCGGAAUGCCCUCUCUGUCGUUCUCCUGCAACACAUUCAAGCUUAGUCUGCAUGUACCAUUCAGAUUUCUAAUUCUCUGCCGUGUCUCACAUGUUCAAUGAAUCACAAUUCCUCCUUUGUGACAAUUGUAUGCUGAAUCAUCCAUCUCCUGUGUCACUGCCUUUAAGGGCCGAGAAUUAUCUGUUCAGCCAUGAUAGGCGUACACCUCAUUUGUACACCCCAUUUAUCUCUGUCAAAUUAGGUCACAUACAAAACUGUGAAGAAAAUUCAAUUGAAAUUACCAAGACAUGGAUCGGUGUGCAUAAAGGCUUUGGUUCAUAUGCAAGUACACCUACUAGCACUCUUUUUGUCUGUGCACAUAAACUUUUGAAGGUGUAAUUAUAUUGUCAGUGAAGAGAUUACAGGCUCUUUAGCUGAAUUUUCUUCACACGGAGACGUUUUGCCCGUGAUCUAAUCUGAUGGAAAUGUUUGUAUGGAAAGGGUGUACGAAAGAUCAUUUUUCUUAUUUGUUUCAAGUUCAAGUUACAACUGCGUUUAAUUUGUACACUUAAUGUAUUAAGUAUAUUAGUGUUUAUAAUAAUUGACUUAUAUAGGAAUAAAC